AUGUCUAGUCACCUGCAACGUGUUCGGGUCUCGAGCUUUCCAUUUUCCAGUGAAACAUUGCAAAACAAAGCGAAAACUCAAAAGGAUCCAAGAUCUGGAAAAGGCAAAGAUGAAAGGGAUGCUGAAUUUACGGAAUCUUCCACUGAAGGACAAUACAUGCGCUCAUCUUCUCUCCUAGCCACUGCUGAUUUCAAUGUCGUUGUGCAUUCUGGAAUGGAACCUAUGACACUAACUAUUUAC